GAAUAAAGAGAACGAAGGGGAAGGAUGUGGCACACUUUAUUGGCGGCGAGUUUCUGGGCAUCACAACCAGGUCACCAAAGGGAAAGUCAAUACGGACUUUAGCCAGAUGGAAAGAAAAUACACACUUCAGCCAGACUGCGCCCAUCGUAUGAAUCCUCGACCUGUUGGGGAGGCGGUUCCUGUCCCAGUCUCGGCCGUGUUAGACAGCGUUCCUAGUCGUAUGAGAGCAAGAUACCUGGCAUAGGCAGCCUUCCAUUGUUCUUCACGCUUUGAUUUUGCCGAUUCGAUGUCGUCCUGAGAGACGAAGCGCGAGCCAAUUACACCAGAGGAGAGGGACGGAAUGGCUUCCUCCAUGAUAAUGACGUUUUGUAGCCAAGUUUGAGGCAAAUGUCUAUAUAGGGACUCGGUGUAAUUACGGACUUCAAAACUCAAACGUCUCUGUUAUGUUCAUAUGAGUUCAUCGCCAGCUCGUCCUCCGUCGUCGUCGACGACGACGAGCAUGAACAAACAUACCAGCGUUCGCAGCAAUCGUCCGGCUCCUACCAUCUCCACUGUCGUCACCGUUCCUCCCUGGGCAAAGGACGAGCCCCCAUCGCCAAAGGAGCAGCCUUCUGUCUCUGAUUUUCGUUAUGUUUCCGAGUCCAGACCCUCCGACAUUGCUUCGUUUCAAUCUUUCGCUUCCCCGAGUCGCUGGUGGACGUUCACUCAUCCUUGGCCAAGCCAUUCUGCCACUACAAGUCAUCCAGAUGAUCCCUCAAAAUCAGAGAAGAAGCCCCAAAAUUCUUUUAAGGAUCGUUCCAUGGCUUGGCUUCCGUCUUCUGCUGCCGCCUUUCGAGAGGGUUCGUCCUUUGUCCGCCGUAGCGAAAAAGACCCAGAUUCUCCAGAGCAUACCCAUCGCCAUCGCCGUGACUGGAACUUGUCAAUUACACUUCCCACCCCCGUUGCCUCCCCGUUCACUCUUACCCACAACGCUACUCCCGGUUGGGAGACGCCUUGGACUGCACGACCUACUGCUCAAGGUCCAUCGCGUUCUGAAGAAAGAGAUGACGCCUACGGCUUUGGGAAUAUAGAAAAUGCUUCCUCAUCGACGAGCAGUCGGGAUAUAACCAUCUGGCAGCGUCGGAAAAAACGUUUAAGGACAUUCAUCUUGACCAAUACCUACGUUCCUCUGCUUUUUCGUUUCAUCAACCUCACGUUCACAACUGCUGCCCUCGGUGUCGCUAUAAGAGUGCGACAGCGAGAACGGGAAUAUGGCAUCAUGGGCGCUCUUGGAAGCUCCCCCACUCUCGUUAUAAUUUUUGCUCCGUUAACGCUAGUACAUGUCUUGACAGCAGUAUACCUUGAAUACUUUGGCCGUCCCCUCGGUUUGUGGCGCACUUCGGGUAAACUGGCGCAUACACUAUUAGAAGUGCUUUUCAUAUGUGCUUGGUCGGCUGCCCUCUCCCUCUGCUUCGAUAAUUUCUUCACUUCCCUAGUUCCAUGUGCCUCGCCGUCCGCCAGUUCGUGGUACAACGAACUACCCCGUCCAACUAGCAACCUUCCCAUAUUCGAAGACAGCAUUGGUGAUAUCCUCUGCGACAGCCAACUCGCAUUGAUAUGCCUUGUUGGAGUUGGCCUUCUGAUGUACUGCAGCAAUUUGGUGAUAAGCCUUUUCCGAAUAUUUGAAAAGGUCAAAUACCACCCUACCGUCACAGGUUUUUCAUGACGCUCACGACGAUCUGUACAUCCCCAUCGCUAUAUGCGCAUUGUAUUUCUUUGUGUCUGUACGGCUGCCCUCGUUACAUUCCAGCGUCAGUCGAGGCACCUUUUCUUCGCUAUUUAUUCUAUUUAAUACUUGUAUUUUUGUUCCUUUUCCUCUCAAUCACAUUCACGCGGACCUCAUAUACC